UUAGAUUUGGAGUUUGUUUGGGAAGUUUCAUGUUUGACAGUGGGUUGAACUGCAUGUAAAUUGUUGGGAAUUUGUAUCAGUUCUUUCUCAAUAAGUUACUUUCAGUUCUGAAAAGCUUAGAACACAAGCUUACAGAUUAUCAAAAUGUCAUCAAAAGCAAAGAAGCCGAGGAAGGCUAAUGGAUACAAGAUGCCCGCACCAAUUCCUGCCGGUUAUAUAGUAAAAAACAGCCAGAAGAAAUCUUGGGAAGUGGGAACGUCAAUAGGAAAGGGAGGGUUUGGUGAGAUAUAUUGCUGUGCUCCAAUUGAUGAAGCUGGACCUUCUAAAGCUAAAAGCAAAUCCUACCCACAUGUUAUGAAAAUUGAACCUCAAGAAAAUGGACCUCUCUUUGUUGAAAUGCACUUCUACAUGAAAGUUGCCAAAAAGGAAGAUAUUGAAAAUUGGAUGAAAUCCAAGGGUAUCAAAAGACUUGGUAUGCCUUGCUACUUGGGCUCUGGAUCUUUUGAGUACAACAAGGAACGUUACAGGUUCGUCGUUAUGGACAGAUAUGGCCGGGACAUCUGGUCUAUAUUUCUAGAAAACAAGAAAGUGUUCCCUUGUGCAACAGCGUUGAAAAUUGGACUUCAAGUUCUGGAUGUGCUAGAGUAUAUACACGAGCAGGGGUAUGCCCAUUGUGAUGUGAAGGGUGCUAACCUACUGUUGGGCACCCAGAAGGGCACUGAAGACCAGGUAUACUUGGUAGACUUUGGACUUGCAGCUCGUUAUAUCACCACUGAGUUCAAGCCAGACCCUAAGAAGGCUCACAAUGGCACAAUAGAAUACACAAGCAGAGAUGCCCAUCUUGGAGUAACAACGCGAAGAGGUGACAUGGAAAUUCUCGGUUUUAACUUGCUCCAUUGGAUUACAUCUACACUGCCCUGGGACAACAUUACCGACCCUAAAGUGGUUGAAGAGAAAAAGAUAGCACUAAUGAAGAGCAUCUCGUCCGCUAGGAAAUUGAUACCCUCUGCUCCAACAGUAAUUACCAGCUAUUUAGAUUAUGUGAGCAAACUCAAACACGAUGAGGCGCCCAAUUACGAGUUCUGCAGAAAGUUGUUCAAAGAUGAACUGAAGAAGCUUGGAGUGGCUAACACUGGCAAGCUGGUAUUCAAGGCAGAUAAGUCGCCCAAGAAGGCUACUGCCGCCGCAGCUGACGCCGACUCUGAUGAGAUGCCUGGGAGAGUUCGUAGGAGACGAGUGGCUGUGAAUAUCUCUAACGGACAUGACUCUGACAGUGCUGUGGACAUCGGAGAUGAUGAGUCUCCGCCGCCCACACCCAAGAAAACGCCGAGGAAAACCAAGAAAAACGGGCCGAGCUGGAAGGACUGUGAGACUGCUAGGGCCAGCAAUGUUGUCAGGGCAGGGGAAUAUGUCAGCAGUAAACCUAAACCCACAAAGAGACAAAGAAAAGAAUAGUGCACCUGAAAGUAUUAUGUUGUAUCAUUUGAUAAGAGACGUACGGUUUAUAAAUUGUGCCUUAAAUUUUAAUUAAUCUUCCAUUAGUUUGUUGCUGUCUUAGCAACAUUUUUGUAUGUUUUAGGAUUUCAUUUCCAUGAUACAUGUUAUAUUUUCUGUUUUGUUAUUUUUGUAUUUUUUAUACAAGCCAAAACAGGCCAGUGUUAUUUAUUAUAGCAGGUAUGCUGAAGACAAAACAGUCACUGUGAUUUAUUUGUAACAAAUAUGAUGAAUGCUUAUUUACUAUGAUCGCAUACAUUGUUUUAGUUUUGUAUUGAAUUGACUCUUUGAAGGCCAGAUGAAAAAUUAAUGUCCAUUCUCAAUGAUGUUAUGUAUAAAUUUAAUUUAACUUUUCAAGAAAGGCCAGGCCCAAAAUAAAAGUUUGGACACUCCUAAUUUGUAAUUUUAUAAAAAUGGUAGUAUACAUCUUAAUAGUUUUUGCUUUAUCACUAAAAUCAUUUGAAAUUUGUUUUUAUUCGAUUGGUAAAAACUUCUUACAGACACAGGAAAAUUAAUGUAAUUCUUUCAUACAUUUAUUGAGAUUUUUAUAAACAUAUUAUUAGUCAAUAAAUCAUGCAACACUUGUAUGAAGAGUGUUUUACCUUGCAAUUUUUUGAUAAGAUGUAUUGUAACUCAACCCAUCACUAAAAUUUACCAGCAAAUGUCACACUAACUUCACUAUAUUUAACUAAAAUGUUAUAAAACGAACAAAACUAAACUACGAUAAUGAACAACUAGUUCCAAAGAUGGCGUUUGAAUGAUUUUAACUCAUUUAUUGCAAUAAUUUUAAAACUUGGUCUUACUAUCUUUCAUUGUGUAUAAUAUCUUGUUAACAGUAAACGAAUAAGAGCAAACCGAAAUCUCGAUUAAUUUUAUUUUGAAAUUAUUGUUAGAGUCGAGAUUUUGGCUUAUGGCUUUCUAAGGGUUAAGAACAAACUGGUUUUCACUGAUGUAACUUAUUCAUAUUGUAAAAUGCGUAUAAUAAAUUCAUGCAUUUGGUUCUAUGUACUUAUAGUUAUGUCUACUUAUUUGUUGAGACAUUUCAGUGAUGGUCAUUAGAAGACUACUUACUCAUUGUUGUAGUUAAAUUAAUGUUGUAUUUCAAUUUUUAUUUUUAUGAUUAUCCUAUGUAUAUUAAAACAACAAAUGUUGAAAUCUUCCAUGUAUAUUUUUUAUUUGUAAUUUAUUACUUUGUAUCUUAUUUCUAAUUUAUAAAUAUUUGGUUGACAUAAGGGCAUACGAACAAUGUGGAUUUGUAAACUGUAAAUAUCUACAGGUGGAAUAAAGAUGCUCAGUCUGA